AUGGUUAUUCAGCCCGAAGAAUGUAAUGGAGAUAAUGAUCGGGAUUGGACUGUUCAAGGUGGAACAGAUAUUAGGAAUACAAUAAUACAAGCUUUCACUAGUGACACAAAAGAGGCAAUUCACGAAAUUUUAAGUGCAGCUAACUUAGACGGUUGGCCUCUGUCUGAAAACGAUAAUUCAAAAUUAACAAUGGAGAAAGCUAUGGUAUUAAAAUGCACCAUUUGGAACAAUAGAACAUUGUUAGAGCGUUACCUUAUUUUGGUGUGUCUUGUCAUUUUUAUUGCCUUUCUUGUCAUGAUUGGUGUUUUAUUACAUUUUCAAAAUAUAUUUCAAAAAUCAAAGAAAGAUGUUUGCAUAAGUAACGUAUGCAAAUUUUCAGCUGGUUCCAUUCUGAAGAAUAUGGACUUCACCGUAAAUCCAUGCGACAACUUUUACGAAUUUUCAUGCGGUUCUUAUCUAAAAUACGAAAAUAUUUUCGACGAUGAAAUUCGUAGUUUUACAAAUUUAGAAAAUUAUAUCAUUUAUUUAAUAAAAGAACAAUUGGAGAAGCCAGAGAAAUUCGAUGAUCCAGCUUUCGUCAAAAAAGUAAAGAAAUAUUUUAAAUCGUGUUUAAAUAAACCUAGUGACACAAAAGAGGCAAUUCACGAAAUUUUAAGUGCAGCUAACUUAGACGGUUGGCCUCUGUCUGAAAACGAUAAUUCAAAAUUAACAAUGGAGAAAGCUAUAGCAUUGUCAUACGCGUACGACGGCACUGGAAAUCUGUUUAGUUUAAGAAGUAGUCCAAACAACUCUUACAUACAGAUAUAUGAUGGAGGUGAUAUAAUUAGACCAGCUGUGUUAUUGAAUACAACUGAAGAAAAAUGGAUUAAAUUUAAAGAAAAAUAUGUACAUUUGAUAGACUACGUACUUUCUGAAUUAGAUUUGUCAACAGAAAAUAAGAAGAAGCAUAUUGAUGAAAUAAUCGACUUUCAAACAUCUUUAGCGAGAAUUUUAGAUAAAGACUAUGAUGAUAAUUCAACGAAUACAANCUGUCCGAGCGAGAUAUAUGUUGAGAGUAAUAUAAUUAGACCAGCUGUAUUAUUGAAUACAACUGAAGAAAAGUGGAUUAAAUUUAAAGGAAGAUAUGUACAUUUGAUAGACUAUGUACUUUCUGAAUUAGAUUUGUCAACAGAAAAUAAGAAGCAUAUUGAUGAAAUAAUUGACUUUCAAACGUCUGUAGCAAGAAUUUUAGAUAAAGACUAUGAUGAUAAUUCAACGAAUACAACGAUAUCAGAAUUACAUUCCAACUGCUCACAGAUCGACUGGAAGAAUCUGUUCAUGUUUUUAUUUGAAUAUCUUCAACACCCAGAAGAAUAUAAUGAUCAAAUUUUUUUAAAAGUAAACAGCAUGGAAUUCUUGACUGACCUAUGUGAACUUAUUGGAAACACUAAAAAUAAAAGAAUAAUAUAUAACUUGCAAGUAUGGGGUAUAAUUGUUCGUUAUUUGCCUCGCAUCGACAACAGUUUUAGACAACUUUUAAUCGAUAUGAGACAAUCUUUAAAUUAUUAUGACACCAUUUUUCGACCACUUCCGGGUAUGAAUAAAUUGAAAUGGAAAACUUGUGUUCAAGAUAAGAGUAUGUAUAUUGACAUGGGAGUGAACUACCUGAUGAUAAAAUCCAUGAAUAAAAAUGAUGACCUUAAUGAGGUGAAAAGUUAUUCCAAACAAAUACGCGAAACACUGGAUGAAAUAUUUUCUGAAGAAGAGUGGUUCGAUAGCUACAGCAAAAAUUUCACCAGAAUUACAUUGGGAAAAAUUCAGCAGAACAUCGGAUAUGGAAACGGGUCUCUAAAUGUGGAAUUCUUAAAUAAGAUGUUUGAAAAUAUCAAUAUUACAGAUAAUUAUAUACAAAAUUUCUUAGUUGUGAAUAAUCAAAUGAUUUCCGAUGAAAUGUUUAAUCCAAGUAUUUAUUUAUAUCUUCAGAAAGAAAUAAGAUUUAAUCCAAUGGAGGUUGGUGCAAGUUUAGGAUUUGGUGAAAUGGGAAUAGUAAUAGGAGACGAAUCAGAAGAGGAAAUGAAAAAUUCGACAGAGGUAAACGAUAAAGAAGGAGAUAAAAUUAAUUUUUCUGAAGAAUUUUUGGAACAAUACAAGAAAAAGAAAAAUUGUCUACAAUUUCAAUACUCGGAAUUUCCAUUAGAAGGAAAUCUUACGAUUGAUGGAAAUCGAACAAUUGGGGAUAACAUCGCAGAUAACAGUGGGAUUACUGUUGCUUUUCGGGCUUACGAAAAAUAUCUUAAACGCCACGGAGAAGAACCUUAUCUUCCUGGUCUCGACUUUACAAACAAACAAAUGUUUUUCAUCGGAUAUGCUCAGAUGUGGUGUGAAUCAAUCGAAUCUAUGAAAAAAACUUUCGAACAUGAUUGGCAUAGUCCCGGNAAAUGA